CCCCUCAGUGCAACACAGACAUACACACACACACAGAGACACACAUAGACAAACCCUCCAGGUGAGACGGGCUGCCCAUUGCCUGGGACCGUGCAGGAUGGAGCUGCGGCUCGGAGCGCUGCUAGCGGCCGGAGUUGUGCUGGGGCUACUGGAAGGGAUCUCCGGAUUGGUGCCGCUGAGCGACUUCUACCCGUUCGGGCCGGAGCACGGGGACUCGGUCAAUGCCAAAGUGGAUGACGGAGGCUCGGGGCUGGUGGAGAUCUCUCUCGGCUUCCCUUUCUUCGGGGAUAAGCACUCUGGGCUUUACGUGAACAACAAUGGGAUUAUAUCAUUCCUGAAAGAGGUGUCGCAGUUCACUCCAGUGGCAUUUCCCAUCUCUAAUGACCGACGGGUGGUGGCGGCAUUCUGGGCAGAUGUGGACAAUCGGCGAGCUGGUGACGUCUUCUACAGGGAGACAAAAGACCCUGCCACACUGCAGAGCACAACAGACGAUAUCAGGAUGUACUUUCCAGAGCUGAAGGACUUCAACUCCAAGUGGGCACUUGUGGCCACUUGGUAUAAAGUGACAUUCUUCGGAGGAAGCACAUUCUCACCGGUCAACACCUUCCAGAUUGUCCUGGUCACAGAUGGAGAAUUAUCCUUCACUAUCUUCAACUAUGAAAACAUCACCUGGACGACGGGGAUGCAUGCGAGCAGCGGUGGGGAUUUCGCCGGCCUGGGGGGUAUCGCUGCCCAGGCAGGUUUCAAUGCCGGAGAUGGGAAACGCUACUUCAACAUUCCCGGAUCACGCACGGACGACAUCGUGGAUGUCGAGACGACAACGAACGUCGGCGUUCCCGGUCGCUGGGUAUUCCAGAUCCACGAUGCACAAGUAGAAGUAGGCGGCUGCAACAAUACAGCCUCGGUGUGCUUGAACCUGCGACCAUGUCUCAACGAUGGAAGGUGCAUAGAUGACUGCAUCACCGGAAACCCAUCGUAUACAUGUUCAUGUCGUGCAGGAUUCACGGGCAGGAGGUGUCAGAUAGAUGUCAACGAGUGCUCCUCAUAUCCCUGUCACAACGGUGGGACGUGCAGAGAUGGACAGAAUGCCUUCACCUGCCAGUGCCUUGCUGGGUUCACCGGAGCACUCUGCGAAACAGAUAUCAAUGACUGUGUAUUAAAUGAAUGCCAGAAUGGAGCCACGUGUAUCGAUGGGAUUGAUAGGUACCACUGUGAAUGUUCGGUUGGGUUUAUUGGAAAACACUGCGAAAUUGCUGACUCCUUAUGUAACACCAGAGUGUGUCUAAAUGGUGGUGCUUGUGAAGCAGACAAUGGAACUGCAGUGUGUAUCUGUCAGAAGGGCUACACUGGGGAGAACUGUGAAAAUGAGACUAACAUCUGUGACUCCAACCCAUGCUUAAAUGGAGGAGAGUGCAUCGACCUGGUCAGUAAUUACACAUGUCUGUGCCCUUUGUCAUACGCAGGAAAGCAUUGUGAGACAGGUGGGCCCACUGUCGCCCCAAGUGUCUGUCGGCCAAGUCCAUGUCAGAACGGGGGCAAAUGCAAAGAGAAUGAUGACGACGAUGAUGGCUACCUCUGUGACUGCCCUGAAGGAUUUACCGGCCGUAACUGUGAGAAUGAGGUGCUCCAGCCCUGUAAUGCCCACCAUCAAUGCCCACAUGGUGCUUCCUGCACUGAAUAUGGAGGGACCUACCGUUGUAUCUGCCCACAAGGACCCAGUGGGAAAGAUUUGAUGCCAUCCCCAUGUGACUCUGACCCCUGUCAGAGAGGAGGGACUUGCAAUGAACAAGAUGGCUCCUAUACCUGUCAGUGUCCACCGGGCUUCAGCGGGCAACGCUGUGAGAAAGAAAGACUCCGCUCUUGUGUGUCUAAUCCAUGCCGGAAUGGUGGAACCUGCAAGGAGGCUCACGGAACUUAUCAGUGCAUUUGUCUGUAUCGCUUCACUGGCAAGAACUGUGAGACGGGUAAGCCAGAUCCAUGUUCAUCCAGCCCAUGCCAGAAUGGGGGCACGUGCUUCCAUUACAUUGGGAAAUACAAGUGUGAAUGCCCAAGAGGAUUCACUGGACGGCACUGUGACACAGAGGUGGACUGUGGGAUCCCCAGCGAGGUGAAGCAUGCUGAGGUGCUCAUCUCUUCAACCAAGUAUGGCUCAGUCGCUCAGUAUAUUUGCGAAGCAGGAUACACAGUACAGCCCAGCCCAGGAGAGAGCACCUGUCGAUUGGAUGGAAGGUGGAGUGAAGCACCAACCUGUGAAGUUGUGAAUCCUUGUGUUCUAAGCCCCUGUGGUGCUCGUGGUUUCUGCCGCACUGUAAAUGAAUCGUAUAUCUGCACUUGUAAAGUUGGAUACUCAGGAAAACACUGUGACGCAGAACUUGCCCCACCAGCAGCCCUGAAGGUGGAAAGAUCAGAGGGUAAUGAGAUUGAAAUCUCAUGGCAAGCCCCAGAGAUGGACAGUGCACAGGAGCUGAUCGACGGCUUUGCAGUAACCUACACAUCCUAUGAUGGAAAAGUGCGCAAGACUGACUUUGUCAACAAAAGCAGAUCACGACACCGGUUGAGACCACUCUCCCCAGGAAGACUUUACAAUAUUUCUAUUUUUUCAGUCAAGCGAAAUGUCAAUCAGAACGAUAUCAGCAAGCCCGCUCUGCUCCUUGUGUGGACAAAACCUGGUCCAAUUGGAAACCUGUCUGUCGUGAAUGUCACUGCAUCCAGCAUAUCCGUCACCUGGUCUUUACAUAAUCCAAAGCAGUCGCUUGUCAGCGCUAUCCGGCUCUCUCUGAAGUCCCCCGACUCAGCUGAAGAAACAACUGUUUUGCUGGGGUCUAACCUCACGCACUACACCUUUCGGGACCUUUCUCCAGGAGAAUUCUAUACAGUGGAGGCCAUGCCGCAGAUGAGUCUCGACACUCAGGAAAGCUUUUUGGAGGGUCUCGCAGCUCCACCCCUGCCUGUGUGGACACGGCCACCGCCUCCUCAGAACCUUGUGCUGGCUGGUGUUACAACAACAACAGCAAGGCUACGCUGGAAUAGCCCGCUGACUGGCCCAAGUAACGGUUACAUUCUCAAUAGCACAACCCCUUGUGAAAUGAAAAGCCGCUACAUUCCCAAUGGAAAGUUAACGGCCUACACACUCCGCGACCUGGGGGCUGGACGGAGGUACAAACUGGCACUAAUGGCAGUGCGAGACACCAAGAGGGGAAAGCUAUUAAGUGACCCUGCCUAUCUGAAUGUCAGCACAUUGAGAAUUCAAAGUAACACGAGGCAAGGGGAAACGCAAGGAUACUCGAAGGAGAAGACAGAUCCUGAGGAGUGUGGCAUGUACAAUAAUAAGCUGCAUGUCACACUACAACCUGAUGAGGCGGAAACUGGCAAUGGAAGCUACGAGGACAAUUCCCAAAUCAUAAAGUACUCGGAGAUGCUGGAUGGGAGAGGGAGGAUCACUGCCACCUUUUCGAAUCUGCAGCAUAAUCCCAUAACUCUGCUAACACGCCCAGAGCCACCAAUCAAACUGGAAAACUUGGAGGAAUCGACAAAUCGUAUCAGUCUGGCCUUGGAGAUCCAAGAAUCUGAGACCAACACUGAAUCAGACGAUCAAUGGGAAUGUUCCUCAAACCCCUGUAAAAAUGGAGGUACUUGCGUGAAGGGGAUGGACUCAUACAUGUGUGAUUGUGAAACAGGAUUCAAGGGAAAACACUGUGAAUUAUUUUGUAAGAAGCUGCCUCAUCCCUGCACACGCCUGUACUCUGAAACUAAAUCUGUUCCAGUGUGGGAGGCCAGUGUUUUCCAGCUUAAGUAUAAAAGAAUUUACAAAGUUCAUCAGGAUACCUGCUACAAAGAGGUUUGUGAGCCUGUUGUACACAGAAAACCCAGAAACAGAAGGUUGUUCAGACAUUAACUAAUUACUGGGCCUUCUAGCUGAUGCAAGUAAGGAGAUCAAAAAUCAGAAGACAACGGAAGAAUGGGUGCUAGUUAAUCAAAUCCACCACAAGUUAACGCAUUGUAAAGACACGGCCACCCAUUCUAGAGUCAGCCAUAACGUCCUAAUGUCACUUUGUUCAAUUUGGGGAUGUCAGAGUCGGAAAACAAAAAAUCAGGACAGCUGAAAUUUGAUCAACACAUAAGUAACUGAAGAAGAUUGCGUGUGUGGAAGGAAGUGAGGGGAGAGCAGAUGCACACACUUGUCUUUGUGUUCAAGCAGAGAGAAGAGAGUGAGUGACCAAUCGAGUGAGUGAAUGCCCGUGGUACAUGGGUGCAUUUGAGUGCGAAUCUGUCUGUGUAUUCACUUCUGUGCGUCUGACGUGUGUACGUUCUUCAAGCUGAGAGACGUGACUGCUGGGAAUUUGGAUUGCGUUCUCGUAGUGGUAGAGUUGUGCAGACUUCGAUCAGACAAGUGUGGCUCCAAUAUAUUGUGUAUAAUACAGAGCCCCUCAGACUGCCUGACAGCGUGCUUAAAGCCCCUACCUCUCUUGCUGUACCAGUUCGGUAUUUCCAUUCAUGUUAAGCUUAUGCUAGUUAGAAUUAAAAUAUUACAACAGUU